AUGCCCUACCCUCCACCGCCGCCGCUGCCGCCGCCGCCGCCCUCCUCCUUCCCAACCACCAUCCCAUACCCGCCCACAACACCCCACCCAACGCCCCAACCGCCCGCCACACCACCCAGCACGCAGCACCACCUAUCGGACCCAGAAGCCCUGCCACCACCACCACCCCACGAAGCCGCCACCAGCCCCUAUCCGACAAACUCAACCACGACCACGACCACGACCACCGGCUACGACAACAACAACAACAACAACAGCGCCGACACCAAGCCAAGCGGUAGUCGUGGUCGUGGCUGCGCCAGCGACGGCGCCAGCUCCCCGCCGCUCUCACUCCCCCUCCCCGCCGGCCUGCCGUACACGUCCGAACAGCAACAACAGCAGCAACAAGCUCCAGCCUCGUCGACGCUGCGGGCAGACUGGCUGGCCGCGCGGGCGCCGGAGCACUAUCGCGGCUUUGGCGAGCGGCAGCGGGUAGGAGGGGGGGUUGUGUCGCCGCCGCCACCGCCGCCGCCGCUGGGGCAUCAUGAGGAGCCCGGGUGGUAUCGGGAGUGGGAGGGGCGGGAGAAGGAGAGGGAGAGGCGGCGGGUGUGCGGGUUGAGGCCGGGGGUGUUUUGGUGCGUGGUUUUGCUGCUGGUGUUGGUGCUGGGAGGGGCGGUGGGAGGGGGUGUUGGGGGAGGGUUGGCGGCGGCGGGGGCGGAGGAUGAGCAGAGUUCUACCGCGUCCACGCCCACCAUCGCGUCUUCCUCCACUACGACCCUCGGCGAUUCGGCUUCCCCGACGGCCUCGAAUCAAGACUCGAUCGGCUGUCCUUCGCGGACGGGCCAGUACUACACCACGACGAACGGCUCACUGACGUUCCUGCAGCUGUGCGGCAUCAACAUCUGUCCAGAGACGUGCGACAUCGUGUCGGCUAGCAAGCAGCGGCUGGACACCUUCGAGGAGUGCAUGGAUGCAUGUGCGGUUUACAACAGACAGAUCGGGACGCAGAAGUGUGUGGCGGUCGCCUGGGAUUACCAACAAGUGCGGCAGAGCUUCGACAUGCUGUGUUGGCUGAAGUUGAGUCAGGCUCCGUUUGCGCGGGAUGAUCCGCAAGACGGCUUAACGAUAGGGGCGGUGGUUGUGCAAAGCUGA